AUGGCACCAACGCCCGAAACCCUCGCUUCAAGCGUCAAGCUAGCCCGGUCGGCCGCGCUCGCCGCCGCGCCCCUCGCAACCCGCUACCUGAUGGAAAGCUCUGCUCUGCACAAGCGGGAGCGGCCGCCGGGCUCCCUGGCCGUGACCGACACGCAAAAGGUCACGCUGGGCGUCAUCGCGGCGUACACGGUGGCGAUCGCGAUCCUGUGGAACGUUCCGUUCCUGCGCUGGUCGCUGUGGCCGUUCAAGAUGCUGGUGAUUGCGUUCCACGAGUUUGGCCACGCCUCGACGGCCUGCUGCACCGGCGGCCGCGUCGAGAGCAUCAAGCUGGACCCGCGCGAGGGCGGCGUCACCAUGAUGCGCGGCGGCAUCUCGGCCAUCACCCUGCCCGCCGGCUACCUGGGCAGCUCGCUCAUAGGCGCCCUGCUCAUCUUUUGCGGCUUCGACAUCAUCGCCAGCAAGGUCGCCAGCUUCGUCCUGGCCGUGUGCUUCUUGCUGACCCUCUGGUGGGGCAAGAAGGACUGGCUGACCAUCUUUACGGUCCUGCUGGCCGUUGGGCUGCUGGUGGCGUGUUGGUUUAUUGCGCACGCACAGGCUUUGAGGUUCUUUGUCUUGUUCAUUGGCGUCAUGUCGUCCUUGUAUAGUGUUUGGGAUAUUUGCGACGACCUUAUUCUCCGCAAAGUCAACGAGUCCGACGCCAGCCAGUUCGCCAAGCGUUACGGCGGCUCAAGCCAGUGCUGGGGCGUCAUCUGGUCCAUCAUUUCGCUCGCCUUCAUGGCUGCCGGCAUAGUAGCUGGCAUUGCAGCGUUCCCGGCCUCGUUUGCCGAACAGAAUGAAAAGUCGCAGAGGUUCCUGCCCACGAGGUAA